AUAGCUUCAUCAUACAGUGACCAGUACCCAGAUGAUGAAUACGAUGCUGCAGCAGUGGUCACUGGUAUAUCCCUCAUCAAGAUUGUUGCUCUUGCAUUUGUCUCGAAGCUGUUUCACUGAACUCCAUGGCCAUUUCAACGAUCCCAAAGCCCCACUCUAAAUCAAAAACUUGCAACUUAAAAGUUCAAAUUGCCAAGCAAUCUCAUCACCAUGAUGUUCAAAGUAUGAAAGAGAGACAGGCGUCGUACGGCGUUGUAUGAAGGAAAGAAGCGGCGCAGGCGCUCCGUUUAUCUGCUGGAUUAACCCACUUACCGUAGAAUAAAACGUUUGUCAAGGUGCAGGAGCUACUCUCUUCCCAUGAUGAAUGGUGAAUAUGCAAAACAUUACCAGGCCAGUAUAACUUGGGCAGAGAACAGGUUCAUGAGAACGUUCACAUUUAACGUCGCCUCAUGGAUAAAAAUGUACCGGUCUCAAGGUGCUGGCUUGAAUGCCAACCUGUCUGGAUCUCAUCCAGUCUUCUGGCUUACAGAUUCCUUAGAAGCCGAACUCCUCAUGCGAGGGCCUCAGCUGGGCACCAUGUUUGCUAUGACGCUAUAUGGCAUCACUUGCAUGCAAACCUUCCUGUACUAUCAGAACUACUCUGAAGACAGGUGGAUCCUCAAGCUGACCGUUGCCAUUAUAUGGUUCUACUCAUAUUAUAUUCCCAGGGUUUUGGAGACGGCUCAUGUGGGGCUGGCAGUUGGUGCCAUGGAUUAUUACCUUAUCGUAAAUUUCUCGGAGGUGGGAAUCAUGCUUACUGUCCAUUGGACCAUAUCAGUCUCAUAUACAAUUGGCUUUUUCAUCACUCUCAUCGUUAACUUAUAUUACAGCUGGCGAAUAUGGAUCCUUAGUAAGCAAUGGUAUAUCUCCGCCACAUUGGUUGUUUUUGCCAUCGCUCGUCUCGGUUGUUCCUUGGUAGCUUGUUCUUAUAGCAUGAUGUACAAAGCGUCCUGGCUACUUUUUGGGAAGAAUGCCAGAUCUAUUGUUAUUGUUUCCAUUACGAUGGCUAUUGUGACUGAUACCGCAAAUUCUCUCAUCCUCGCUUAUUUCCUUCGGAGGAGACGUUCAACCUCUGGGUUACACCGUGUAUUGGAUUUUGCAGAGCUCAUAGUGUAUCUUACUAUCCCAAACACUCUUUACUACCUCGGAAUGGUUUUAGUGCAAAUGAAUUUUUUCGCAAACUCGUUCUUAACCAGACACUACCAGGCUCAGGCGACCAAGGGUCCAUUGAGCAAUCAGUUUGACUGCUCGAUUGACGCUCCGAUGUUUUCUCCUGGCCGUUACAAGGAAUCUGAGUCUGUGCUCAAACUCUCGGUGCUACAUAGCUGA